UCUCAUUCACUCUCUGGGCUUCAGGCUGGGACUUUCGCUGGCGUAGCAAAUCACCUCCCCCGCUCCCCCGCCCUCCUCCCAUUGGGAAUGCUCAUAGCGUACGGGCAUUGACUCACACAUCGUCCUCCUCCUGAGCAGGAUAACGUCAUGCUUGUGGAAGAUCCGUGGUAGAACGCUAAAGCGGGACAUUCUCGAUCCAGUGGCAAGACCGGGGAAUACACGCUCAUAGCAGUUGAUGUAUGGUAUGGAAUGGGAGAGCGGAGGGUGGACGGGGCGUGCUCUGUGCGUGGACAAGCGAAUGAUAUCUUCCCAUAGGACGAUCGAUUGACGAGAAGCAGCGGUGUCCGAUUCGAUCUGACUGACAGUGGCUGAUUGGCAAGUGGGCGGGAGAGGAGGGAGAGAAGAGCAAGCGUGGAGGGAAAGGGAGAGGAGAGUCGGCGGCUCGAUGGGUGGGUGGCGGGAGGACGUGGGCUGUUGUCGCUCGAUCCGGAGGAGAGUAGUGGCUCUUCGAGGGUAUGGGGGUUACAAGGAGGGAAAACCUGUUAUGUAGAAGGCGAAGAAGAAGAAGAAAGGAAAAAGCGGAGAAGGGAGGAGGAAGGAGAGGAACAGAAAGAAGAGGAAGAGGUAAGAUAAAGAAGUGAUCGUGAGGGUGGUGGGAGAGGGGAGGGAAUCGCAGGGGACGUUGUCAGUAUAAUUUGGUGCGCAGGAUUGCCCCUUUCGUCGCUUGGGCUUAAUCUCGCUUGAAAUCAGAGAAUGUCGCUGCGGUGAAGACAUACUCUGCACCUGAUCUCCGAUGGGAAAUUCACUGAAGCAGGCUGUUGCCUCUUCCAAUGCAUCUGGCUGAAGGAGAUCCCGACUGACUUUCGUCUCUCUCACAAAACAUAGACGGAAUUAUGAGACUGGAAAACGAAGGAUCGUCUGUUGCUGCAAGUCCAUCUGCCUCAGCAUCCCCAUUCUAUUGCCAUAUCCUCCUCCCUCUGUGCUUAGCGUCAGGGACAAUCAAACAACAAUUAUCAUCAUCGUUGCCAUUAUACCAAGGCCAAUCUAUAGGCACUUAGGCAUCUCGAAGAGCUGUCUGCAAUUUGUGCAGCGUUGGCGGUCUCUUCUUGCGGGGAGGGUGAAGGGAGAAGGAGGGGGAAGGUAGAGGGAAAGGGGGAAGAAAGGGGGGGAAGGGCGCGAGGGAGGAAGGAAGGGAGGGAGGGAGGGAGGGAGGGAGAGUGGACUUGAUGGCUACGGCGGACGAUCUUCAGUUCUUCUUCACAAGAGUAACGAAGCAGGUUAAGCAACAUUGACGGCGUAGGAGAUCUUGGAAGCGGGGGCAACAUCGCUGUUGGUAACCGGGUUAGGAGAGCUGGAAGCUGGGGCUACAUCGGUGUUCGUUAGCGGGUGACGACGGUUGGUGAGGGGAUUAUAGAGGUGGCAGAUUUUGUACGGGAGUGGUGAGAUUGAUUGGAGCUGGUACCAUCGAGGGGGGUUCGUUGGAGACAUCAAAGCCGGUCGCAACUCAUGCGUGCAUCGUUGAUAUUCUUCGGCGUUUUGGGGUGUACAUGUCGGGGGUCUCGGGGCUUCUGGAGGCUACCGCAUGACAUAGCUGUGAAUUGCGAGGGAUUGUCUAUUGGGGGGAGGACCCGCCUGUCGACGGGGGUUCUGCUGAUUGCAGUGGGGUGAUGUGACAAGGCCCUAGAUGAUGGAUGAGCUCGGGAGCAGGAAGCGCCACCGUGCAACGAAAGCUCAGGUUAAUGCGGCAAAGGUGUAUGUGAAUGCAUCGACAACAAACGAGGUGCUGGCGGAGGUGAGUAGGAUCUACGGUGUGAGCCUCGCAACGCUAAAGAGGUGGAGAUCGACAUGUGUGAAAUCGUGCUUGCAAGAGCAGCAACUUCUAAGGAAACACUCGGCGGCAGCAGCAGCAGCAGCGGCGGCCGUUGUAAAUGUUCCUCCUGUGCAGUGUCCUGGGAUUGGGCUAGGGCUGGGGCAGGCGGUGAGGGAAGGGGAGGGGUUCUUCAAUCAACGGCCUCAACAUCCUGCAGGGAUGCAGCUAGGUUUGGGACUUGGGUUUGCUCCGGCGACAGGAACGCCAGAUUUAGGCUUUCCGACGGUGUGGGGCACGGGGUACAUGGGAGACUCGAAGGGGGCGAUCCCGGCGGCAGUUGACUUGGGCGGAGCGGGGUUCAGAUUCACAUCGGGAGAGCCGUUGGCAAUGGCGGAACAGACGCCCUUGAGAUUACACUGUUUUGUUCCAGAGGAGAAGGUGGUGAGAGAGAGGGAAUGCCAGAUGGGGAACACGGCAGUGAAUUUAGUGACGAUGCCGACGGGGGAGAUGCAACAGCAUCGGCCAUCGAUCAUAAUAGAAGAUGCGCAAAGUUGCGUGCACGAUGGAAACGAGGAGAGGUGUAGGAGAGGAGAGAGGGAGGUGGUGAGUGGUUUCAAGCCGGAGUGUUACGGAGACGGAAGUGGAAGUAUCAUUCUCGAAGGAGAUAUGUACUGUACAUAUGAUGAGGUG